UGGUUUGGUUGCAUCCCUCCCUCAGGAAAAGAGGGACAGGACUGCCUAAAACCGUUUGAGUGAGGACUGUAGGUGUUCUCAGCUGACCUGUGUGCAGGCUCAGGUGCUCCCUGCAGGUUUGGUCAUUGCGCAGCUGCAGCAUUGUUACACACCGCCGCCGAAGAGAGGAGGAAAGGUUAGUGUGUGUCGGCGGGCAGUGAAAGUGGCUCCACAGCCGCUUGCUGCAUUGUAGUGUCACAGGCCUGUGUAGAAACAAAUCCUCCAUCUUCAUCCCUCACUGAUGGACGUCUUCAGCUUCGUGUGCGCUGCGCUCCUGUGCACGGUUGUGGUGCACGGUAAGCCAACGUUAAGGAAAGAGAGAGUUCUUCAUGACCCAGAGCUGAGCAGGAAAGCUCAUGAAGACAAUAAGAGCUACCAGUACGACCAUGAGGCCUUUCUUGGCAAAGAGGAGGCCAGGACAUUUGACCAGCUCACCCCCGAGGAGAGCAAGGACAGGCUCGGUAAAAUUGUGGAUCGGAUAGACAGCAACGCUGAUGGCUACAUCACCACAGCCGAACUCAAGACUUGGAUAAAGCGUGUGCAGAAGCGCUACGUGUAUGAGAAUGUGGCAAAGGUGUGGACAGAUUAUGACCUGAACAAAGACAACAAGAUUUCAUGGGAUGAAUACAAGCAAGCCACAUACGGAUACUACCUCGCCAACCCGGAGGAGUUUGAGGAAGCAACAGACCAGUUCAGCUUCAAGAAGAUGCUCCCUCGUGACGAGAGGAGGUUUAAAACAGCUGAUAUGGACGGGGACCUGGCAGCAGACAGAGAGGAGUUCACAUCCUUCCUCCACCCUGAGGAGUUUGAACACAUGAGGGACAUUGUGGUUCUGGAAACCCUGGAGGACAUUGACAAGAAUGGUGACGGACACGUGGAUGAAGAUGAGUAUAUUGCCGACAUGUUUGCUCAUGAGGAGGGGGGUCCAGAGCCGGACUGGGUCAAGACCGAGAGGGAACAGUUCUCUGAUUUCAGAGACUUGAACAAAGACGGCAAGAUGGACCAGGAUGAAAUCCGACACUGGAUUAUGCCACAAGACUACGACCACGCCCAAGCCGAAGCCAGACAUCUGGUGUACGAGUCUGACCAGGACAAGGACCAGAUGUUGACCAAAGACGAAAUCCUUGAAAACUGGAACAUGUUUGUGGGAAGCCAGGCCACCAACUAUGGCGAGGACCUCACCAAGAACCAUGACGAGCUCUGAGCUUACGGUGCAGCUUCUGUUGUGUGUGUGUGUGUGUGUGUGUGUGUGUGUGUGUGUGUGUGUGUGUGUGUGUGUGUGUGUGUGUGUGU